CGGUACGGGCACAAACAAACCGUUGUCGGGAAUUACGGGCACGAGAUAUGGAGCUGAAGGAUGCUAUGCGUGAAAAUGUCAUGCCACGUGCUGUGGCGACAUGGUAUGUCAUAUUGUGUGACUGUCGUAUUCGGGCACCGGAAAUUGUCAAACUUUGUCUUACGGUUGUGCAGACGUACAUUGAGUGGGUGGAUUUUACCCUCUUUAUAACCGCCGAGUGGAUCAAUUUGCUUUACUUUCUCGUCACAGCCCCGGCUGUGCGGGGUGCGGCAUGUGAAUGCAUAUUCAGUCUUGUGGAGAAGAAACAAUUACCGGUUGCAAAGCUGGAGUCACUGCGUACACUCAACAUUGUGGAUGCCCUUCCGCGUAUUGUUAGUUUGCUGCAAGUGCCACCCAAGACGGAGGAGGAUGUGAACUUCCUCGAGGUUGUAGCGCGGCUUACACGGGCUGUUGCAGAGCAGUUUUUGUUUCUCUUUGAACACAUAUCGGCUGCAACAGCUGAUGGUGGUAACCCGAAUAGGUUUUACAACUCUCCGAUGAAACACCAUUCUGUCCAUGCAUCCGAGAGGGGUGAAGUUAUUUUUAAUGGCAGCACCGUCAUGGGUGCAUGUUACACUACCGCCAAGAACAGCGGCAACAGCAAAGGGGAGGUACCGCUACAAUCCGAUGGGGUGUUGUCUAGGGAUUGUAUCGACAAUGUACGUGCGGCACUGGAUACGAUUCUCAUUUAUUUGCUGCGUUUGUUGAGCAUUAAUCAUAGUGAUGUGAGCAAUACGCUUCUGCCGUUUGUACAGGUGUACCUAAAGUCCGCGGCGCUACAUGAAGAGCAGGCGGCGGAGUUACUGCUCCGACUAUACGACCACAGCCUGAUACAAGACCUUGCGGAGGAGGAGGAUCAAAUGUGGCUGGACGAUAUCAUUGAUCAACGAAAACAGAUUCACAACCUUAUCCGUCUUUUAUUUCGGCGCUAUCCAACUAUUGUGUUGCAGCAUCUACGGCUAUGUGUUGCACAGGCAAGCACACCCGUGAGUGCCGAAGAGUGUUUCAGGAAUAAAAUGGACGAUCAGAACCGUGGCGACCACCAGGAGUACCAACUGCAUGUCGGGAAUGCCUCCGUCAUGGGUGGAGGUGGGGCGAAGAAUCGACAUGCGGAAGAGAUUGAGGCGACAUUGCGAUACUUGUAUGAAGUUGGUGAGUCGAUUCGAAUGGAAAGACUGCGAGAUGCGGAAGAUGAGUUUUCUCAACUUGUGUGUACCGUUGUGUCUUCUGAAUGCAUCGCCCAAUGCCCAUGUGCCGUUGUCCAUCUCAGUUACUUUGAGGUUCUGGAUCGUUACUAUGCCUUCUUUAUUUACCACAGUGAGUGGAUCCCGCUUCUGUUGCAGCGUCUUCUACUACUGCCUUAUGGUGUCACCAAUCGACAUCCCCGUGUCCGCGCGCGUGUGUGCUAUCUGUUUGGGCAUCUUGUACAGUUACUGAAAACACACCUGUCACCACACAAGAAGAGUAUUGUAAAUGCCUUGCAGGAUAUAUUUUCCUCUGGGGUGUUGCAACCAAGCGAUUGUUGUGAAUUGUAUGAGGCUACUGGAAACGUCUUGAGUUCAAUGUCGCGUACAUCUACGAGUGAGGUGGAUGAGGGGGGGAUGGUUGUGUGUUUCAUAGAAAUCAUGUUGCAAGGACUUCGUGAUGCGUCUUCUUUGGUUUCUUCUCAUCAGGUUAUGACCGGGGACUCUUCCGCAUGCUCGGAGGCGGUGGCCGAUCAAAUUUCCUUUUUAACGGCAUUGGCCAAAGGUCUUCGAGGUGGUGGCGGGGGCGGUGUUGCUGGUCCCAAUGACACGAUGACUCAUCAAGGCGGUGGCAGUAGCGGUGAAGGUGUCGAUGUGGUGAUUGUCAAGACAUUUCAUAGCGUCACAAAUGAUGUCAUGAAGGCACUGAUUGCAUGGCAUGCGUCCGCAUCUGUUCGAGACAGGGCGGCACAAUACUUCACUCAAAUGAUACACAUAUUACCGUUUGAGUGUAUGGAUGCCUAUU